AUGUCACUGAAAAUCAAGUUUCGCAUGUAUCAGACAUUGUGCAAAUCUUCUCUAAGUGAACUAAAUUUAUUCCAAAGUGGUAUUGAAGAUGAAUCUGUUAUACAAAAUGAACGUCGAUCGACACAUCUGUAUUUGAUUCUUUUAGUCGCAUCAUUUGUUAUAAUAGCAUUCUAUUAUUCUCUUGAAUCUCGUGAAAAUACGAUUAUAAUCAAAUCUCCUUCAUUUGUCAAAUAUUCAAGUCUGCGUAAAGGAGUGUCUUUGUAUUGUCCUUGUACAACAGUAGCGGUAAAGUACAAACAAUUUGUUGCCAUUGAGCCUGUUUAUCAUGAAUUAUGUCAAAGUGACUUUAUUUCGGAGAGAUUUUUCCAACAAUUAUUCAAUUUGUACAAGAAAACUUGGAACAAUUCAAUUCAAACUGAUUUUCAUCGAAUAGCUGUAUUCCAAUUUAAAACACUUGGAACAUUUUGUCAAUUAACACAAGAGACUAUCACACGUGCUGUUAAAACAUUUCUCCAGACAGAAAUGAUUCAAUCCCAACUGCUUACACAAGAUUUUUUUCAACUUCAUAUUGAUUUAUUAUUAGCCGAUUUCGUUGAAAUGACUCCAAAAACAUUUUUAAGAACGCUAACAUUUAUUCAAGAUAUAGUUGCACAAAAUUUAUUUCUGACUGGUGCCUCAAUAACAAGUGUUUUACCUUUUAAAAAUAGUUUCUUAUUAAUUGUAACACUCCUAAUUGGUCUCUAUGGUGGUUUAUCAUCCAUUUUAACUAAUAUUUGUCCUGUCAUCAUUAAAACAAUAUUACCAUUGAUUCAAAAAUUUCGUCUCAGUCGACGGCGAACAAUUACCACACAAGAUACAAACAAUAGACUUAAUCGAGAAUCUUACACAAUCAACGAACGGAUAAAAAAACUUUUUCGAUUAUUGAAACAAAAAUUGAUCGAAUUGAAUCUAUUCAAAAGUAUUCCUUCAACAAACGAUACAAAUAUUCUUCACCAACAAUACACUACGACACGACUUUAUCUAAUCUUGAUGCUUUCUGCUGUUAUUAUUCUCACUGUCUUUACAUUACUUAGACGACAAACAAUUCAUGUUACUGUUCGUUCACCUUCUCUAGAAGAUUUUCUUCGUCUUGAUGAUCAAUAUUCAUUGACACUCAAUUGUCCUUGUAAUCAAAUAUCAAUAGAAAAUCGAUUGAUUUCAUAUAUUGUACCAGAAUAUCAUGAAGUUUGUUUGAGUCACUUUGUCACUUCGUCUUGGAUUGAUCUUCAGUUUGCUCAAUCCUCACCGAAACUCUUAUAUACUCAUGAUAUUCGUUAUCAUUCUCAAUCUUUUUUCCAACUUUUAUCAACAUUAUGUCGUGUAGCAAAUCAAACAGUUUAUGAUUCUCUUCAAUCAUUCUAUCAAACUAAAUUUAUUACAAAUCAAGUACUUAGUUCUCAAGCAUUUCAAACGCAUAUCGAUGUACUCGUAAAUCAGUUCAAAGUCACUGUACCUGAGUUGNUUUUUCUAAAGGAUUAA